AGGAACGCGCUGAUGUUCAAUAACGAACUCAUGGCUGACGUUCACUUCAUCGUGGGCCCGCCAGGGGCAUCCAAGAAAGUUCCUGCCCAUAAGUAUGUUUUGGCAGUUGGUAGCUCUGUCUUCUAUGCUAUGUUUUAUGGCGAUCUCGCAGAGGUCAAAUCUGAAAUCCAUAUACCAGAUGUGGAACCUGCAGCCUUUCUAAUCCUAUUAAAAUACAUGUAUAGCGAUGAAAUAGACCUGGAAGCUGACACAGUUCUGGCUACACUCUAUGCUGCCAAGAAGUACAUCGUGCCGGCCCUAGCGAAGGCUUGCGUCAAUUUUUUGGAGACCAGCUUAGAGGCGAAGAACGCUUGUGUCCUGCUGUCUCAGAGCAGGCUCUUCGAGGAGCCAGAGCUGACGCAGCGCUGCUGGGAAGUGAUUGAUGCUCAGGCAGAAAUGGCACUGAAGUCAGAGGGCUUCUGUGAGAUAGAUCAACAGACGCUAGAGAUCAUUGUGACCCGGGAAGCACUCAACACCAAGGAGGUGGUAGUUUUCGAGGCUGUUCUUAACUGGGCAGAGGCCGAAUGCAAAAGGCAAGGGCUGCCGGUGACGCCUCGCAACAAGAGGAAUGUAUUAGGGAAAGCUUUGUACUUGGUGCGGAUUCCAACCAUGACUUUGGAAGAGUUUGCCAACGGAGCUGCCCAGUCCGACAUCCUCACCCUCGAGGAGACUCACAACAUAUUCCUAUGGUACACGGCCGCAAAUAAACCCAAACUAGAGUUCCCCCUGACGAAAAGGAAAGGACUCGUGCCUCAGCGCUGCCACCGGUUCCAGUCGUCUGCGUAUCGCAGCAAUCAGUGGCGGUACCGGGGCCGCUGUGACAGUAUUCAGUUUGCCGUAGACAAACGGAUAUUUAUAGCGGGACUGGGAUUGUAUGGGUCGAGCUGUGGCAAAGCUGAAUACAGCGUCAAAAUCGAACUGAAGCGCUUAGGCGUGGUCCUUGCUCAGAACCUGACCAAGUUUACCUCCGACGGCUCCAGCAACACCUUCUCGGUGUGGUUUGAGCACCCCGUGCAGGUCGAGCAAGACACGUUUUACAAUGUAAGUGCUAUUCUGGAUGGGAACGAACUCAGUUACUUUGGACAAGAGGGAAUGACUGAAGUGCAGUGCGGGAAAGUGACGUUCCAGUUCCAGUGCUCCUCGGACAGCACCAAUGGGACCGGAGUACAAGGAGGACAGAUACCUGAGCUCAUUUUCUAUGCAUGAUGCAUUUCACCUUGAUUGUAUUCCAGUGCUGCAAUGAUGCACAUUAAGGGAUUUUUUGGUUUUACUACGAACUCUGCAGCAGUAUGGAAUGUUAUGCUACUUACCUAUCUGCUACAUCAGGCUAUACAAAUAAGUGAAGGAAUGCUCUUGAAUUUAAUCUUAUUUUAUUUAUUCAUAAGCUAUUUGACUUAAUAAUUAAGACUGCAACAUGCAGAAAAAUGUUAAAUUUUGCACGUACUGUGCAUUUAUUUUGUAUAUAGAUAACUAACUUGCAGACUGCAGCUGACUCAAACAGAAUGUUCUAAACUAGAGCAGUUUACGAAUCUGUGAAAUAUAAAACAUUUUUACUUGGCCCUAAAUCCUGUGUACUUGAUCUUUGCUGACAUUAUGGCUCAUGUGUGUUAAUUCAUGUACAGCUAACAGGGGUGAUGACACUGUAGUCUGGUCCCUGUGUGCAUCCACACCCAGCAAAUAGGAAGGUUCCCUCUCUUGGUAACUGAAACUAACCAUCAGCAGCCUUUAUUUUCCCUUCAUGAGAAAAGGAGCUGACAUCUGAGGAAGCUCAGGGUUUUUUGUGUGUUGCCCAAGCUGAAGAUAGACAAACCAUCAGUAUAAUCAAAGCUGAUCAAAAUUCUCCUGUGGUUAUAGUUGAAAAUUCCUAAUGCCCCUUCACGUGCAGCAUCUCUGUUAUCUUCCAGCCUGCCCACCAAACAGCAACACUGCCACUUGCACCUGUCAAACUAUACCCCCCUUUGAAUGGCCAGAGUCAAGACACACAGAUGAAGUUAAUUAAUUAAUUCAGUGACAGGGCUGCAUCACAGAUUUAGCCCAGGGCUGUAUUACUGGCAGACACUAUCUGAAUUUACAUCCCAUCUUUAUACAGAGCAGCAGGCAUUAGAAAAAUACUUGCAAGAUGGUGUUUAGGUUCACUUAAUAUUACUAAUUAGAAAUAAGCCACCUUAAAAAAAAAAAAAAAAAAAAAA